GUGACGUAAUAAUCGCUGCCGAAUUAGCGCUCGUGCGACUACUGUUCUUGUCCGAAAUAUAAAUUUUAACACCGGACAUUUUUAUACCACAUGAGCAACAACCAUGCCUAAAAGAAAGCCACCAAAGCAGGGGUCGGCAGGAAAGAAGAAGUUGUCAAAGGCAGAGAAAGAGAAGCUGAAGGCAGAGGAGGAGGAAAGAAGAGCGCAAGAAGAAGAGGAAUUGCGGUUGAAGCAAGAAGAAGAAGAAAAACAGAGAAAGGAAAGAGAGAAACUUGAAGGUUUAGAGAAAAGGAAACUUGAAAAUGCAGAAAAGGAGAACCGGAGGCAGGAGAUGUUGGAACUUCUCGAGAUACAGGAGAAAAACAAGUCUAGACUAGAACAGCUGCAUGAUGACAGGAGGAAAAAAGCUAAGUGGGCACGAUACAUGAGAUGUGAUGGAUCACCAAAUCCAACAAUACCAGGGGAGAUAAACACGUACAUCAACCUGAAACUGGAAGACAUGGAUCAUAAUGACAUUGAAACAGUCCUCAAACAGGGAGAGCUAGAUCUUAAUUUAAUCAAUGAGCUUGACUUCCUUUUGGAAGACACACCUGAAGCUGAGUUGACUGCAGAGGAGCUAAGCAGAUACAGAAUUAAAGGAAAAAGGAAAAUGAUCCAAGAUGCAAGAAAUAAAGGAAAAAAGAAAAUGAUCCAGCAUGCAAGGAGUACCCGUGAGGAUCUGCAGACUUUGAUGCAGUCCAAGCUGGAUGCUGCCACAGUAAAACUCCUGCAACAAGCCACAGAUCUCUGUGAUACAGAAACUUUCAACUUGCACUACACGAAACGGAAUCAAGACAUAUGUCUUUGCAUCUGGGGAAAUCUUAGUAAAAACCCAAGAAUUAAGUCCUUUGAAUUCGCAGAGAAAGGCUUCCAGUUUGAGAUUCCACGUAUAUUGACAUUGUCAGACUGUGCUAUCAGAAUUCUCUUCACAAAGUAUGACCAUUACUCUAGUACCUGUAAAUCUUUCUACCCAAGGAGGAAGAAAAAGGAAGAGCCAAUUGCCAUAGAGGAGGAACCAAAGGAGGAAGAAGAAAAGAAGGAUGAAGAGGGAGAGAAAGAAAAAGAGGGAGAGGAAGAAGGGGAGGAGGGUGACAACAAGGAGGAUACUGAGGAUCUGAUGGCAAUGUUGCGUCAGAUGAAGGGUGAGGCCCCACCAGAGGAGGAGGCCAAGGAGGAGGAAGAAGAAAAAGUAGAGGAUGUGGAGGAAUUUGAGGACCCAAUUACACCUGCUUGGCAUGACUGGAGCAAGGGAGCAGUUGCAGAGUUAUCAACAAAAGUAUGCUAG